GCCUUGGAGAAAAUUGAUAAAGCAGAUUUCAAAACUGAGUUCGAUAAAGUCCAAAGCAAUGGAACUAUUCAAACUAAUAUUGAUAAUUUUGUGGGUUAUUUAAAAGCCGAGGCUGGUUUAAUUAAAGUUGGUAGUGAUAAGGUGGGAAAGAAAAGUUAUGAUUUUGCUAGAACCUAUCCCCAAGCCUAUAAUAAUAACACGGUUUAUGCUGACAACCAUUUCAGAAUUGCUGAUGACACCGCUUUUGACUUCUUCAAUUUUAUUAAGGAAGUAAAAGCCAAAGAGGAAUUUUUGGAUAAGCUAGAUGCUGUUAAACAGAAAGAUGUGCCUCAAACAGAAAAUUAUCAGAUUUUUUUAAAAGGUGAAGCCUGGGACCCAAUUAAGUUGAAAGACGAUUAUGGAAUUGAAAUUGAUAAAGACAACACAACUCUUUAUAAAACUGGAGUUAGUUCAGUCAAUUUCACAGUAAAUGGGGGCGUUAAAGAAGAUAACUUAAAGGAGGAAAAGAGGAAAUUGACUGAAACAGAAACCGCUAUUCAAAACCUAAUCACCAAUGAAUUAACCUCUCGAAGAACCUCCCUAACCACUUACAAAAUCACUGAUGGUUUUGAAUUAGUUAAAAAGGCUGAUGGAACCGGGGAAAAAGACAAUCGAAGAACAAGUAGCGAAUUAAUGACUAUUAAAGAGAAGUUAGAAGAGAUUCGUUAUUUAGAAAAUGCUGAUACUGCAAUCAGCAGUUUCAAUGAUGAUGAAAAUGUUGCUUAUAGUAAAUUAGAAGAGUUGCUAAAAGAUUUUCAACAAUCCAAAAUAUUUAAGUUUAUUACAGUUGAAGGGACAACUAAUGCCGAUAAAUGGGCGAUUAAAAUUGCCUUGGGGCAAAAAGAGAAUCCGACCGAUACUUUAACAACUUAUCAAAUUUUACCCAAUGGCAAAUUGGAUGACAAAUUUAAAGAAGUUAUGACUAAAAAAGAUGCUGAAUUAACUGAUUUGGCUAAACUUUUUAAGAAAAAGAAGGCUAAAGAAAUCAUUACUUUAAUUAAAUGA